AUGGCCUGUCUGACCUUGGGACUUGUGUUGAUGUUCUGUACCUCAGUCAUGCCCUAUUCGUACACGAAUGAGAGCUCGUUACGGGCCGCCAUGUUUAAUGGUUACAGCGACUCCAUCCGGCCUGUUCUCGACCAGAACGACUCUGUAGACGUGCACUUUAAAUUGGAGCUGCUCAACGUGGAGUCCCUGGAUAUUAAAACUCAAACGCUAGCCUCCACUAUCUGGGUUGUCGUGAAAUGGAUAGACGAGAAAAUGAUAUGGGAUAAAAAUCUUUACGACGGAGCUGAGAAGUUCUUUGUCCACGACGGUGACGAUAAUGACGUCUGGAAGCCAGAUAUAUCCGUAUCUAAUACAAUAGACCAGUUUACCAAACUUGGCAGCAGUGACGUCCCAGUGGUUAUCAAACACAACGGGGAAAUCACCAUGGAAGCGGGAAAAGUCGUCAAAACACAUUGUGAGAUUGACAUGACAUUUUACCCCUUCGACUCGCAGUCCUGUGAGAUAAUGAUCGGCGCCUGGGUGUACACGACGCACGAAGUCAACAUGACAACGGAAGAGGUGAACGUUGACAAUUACCGUCCGAACGGCGAGUGGGAGAUCUCAUCCAUUCAUGGCGAACGUCACGAUAUGACCUUCGACACCGAACCUCAGUCCGUCCUCUGGUACACGCUGAAGUUCAGACGACGUCGUCCGUUCUUCACGAUGCAUAUCAUUCUGCCUAUGUUGUUUCUCAGUGUUCUCAACAUCAUUGUCUUCGUCCUUCCACCGGAUGCCGGAGAGAAGAUGUCUCUAUCCAUCACGAACCUGCUGUCCUUCGCUGUUUUCCUCACCCUCUUCAGCGAUCAGAUGCCGCACAGUUCCCGACAUACCCCUGUUAUCAGUGUUUAUCUGGCUACAACAUUCAUUAUCAGUGUCUUUACAGUCGUGGUGGCCACAAUUGUUCUGCGUCUACACUUUCACGAGGGUCCAGUCCCACGGUACCUGAAAACGCUUUACUGUGGGUAUUUAUCAAAGAUUCUGUGUUCACGAAACAGUUCGUGUCCGGUUUGCAAUCCGGAGGGACACCCUGUAAUAUCAAACCACAAAGUAGGCCCGGACAUCCGGACAGAAGACGGACUGCAGGAAACACAUGUGGCGUGGACAGUGGCAAAAGGAGACGAGAAGCUGUCGUCUGCUCAGAAAAAAAGCGGGAGCAACAAACGAGACGGUUCUGAUCACGUGAUGACCUGGAGACAAAUCGCUGAGAUCACUGAUUGGAUGGCGUUCCUGGUAUUUCUCGUGGUAACGCUGAUUGUGGGCUUCGUUGUGGUGUUGAGGCUGGUGGUAGGCGUGUAA